GCGGCCCCGCGCCGCCGCCGGGACCAUGGUGAAGGAGGAGUGCAAAGCGCUGCUGGACGCGCUCAACAAGGUGACCGCCUGCUACCGGCACAUGGUGCUGACCAUCGGCGGCACCUCGGACUCCCAGAACCUGCGGGAGGAGCUCAAGAAAACCCGGCAGAAAGCCCAGGAGCUAGCGGUGGCCAACAGGAACAAGCUCACCACGGUCCUGAAGGACAAAACCGUGAGUAAGGAAGAUAAAGCCGAGUUCGAGAGGCUAUGGGUGAUUUUCUCCACGUGCCUAGAGAUCCUGGAGAUCGACAUGAGGAGAGCCCUGGAGCUGGGCCAUGAGUUCCCGCUGAACGUCCCCAAAAAGCAUCUGAUCCAGACAGGCAUGAGUGGGGGAACCUCUGGCGUGGCCGCCAGGGCCAUGAGCGUCCAGAACAUGAAAUACGAGGCUGAGCACAACAUAGACGUGGUGGAUUUGAAAGACCUAGAGAACGAAAUCAACCAGGCUCUGCUGUUUGCUGCUGGUCACUGUUUACAGCAUUUGGGAGUAACACAAAUUUGGAGGCUAACACAGGUGUUUUGUCUGACAAAGUGCGUAAGUUGUUUUUUUCAUCAAAUACACAAAAUAUUAUUUCAGUGGAGGAAAAGGGGAAGGAUGAAAACCCCAAUAAAAGAAUGUAAACAACCUCUGUUUUAGAUAAGUUAAUGGUUGGGGAGGGGGGAGGUAUGGAGGAGGAUGGAGAAAACAACAAGCAAUGUUUGAUACCAAAUACUGUUUGUUGAUUUAGACCGGAUUGUACAGAACCCAGUUGCAUGGGUUGGCACAGUGUACGCAAAUGACUAAUGGCUUUCCAAAUCAAGAGAGAAUAAAGGGAAAAUUGCAUAUUCAGAAAAAUACUAGCAAGCCUCAUUCACAUUUACCGUGAUUUUGUUUUCCUCUGCAGAACGGCUGAUUCUUACCAGUGGUUAAAAUUUUUCUUUCUGUAGAAGCGAAGAGCUCAUACUUCACAAUUAACUAUGAAAAUAGAAGCAAUGAAUCUACCCACAGCAGAAGCAGUAAUUUUUGAAAACAGAUUCUGGCAAACAAAAAUGAUACUGAGUUAAAGCAGACCUUUCUAAUAAUAAAAAAAAAAAAAAGAGAUCCCCUCUCAUGUUCACAGGCAGGGAUUGAUGCCUAUAUAUGUACAGUCACAUUUCUGCAAGCUCCUGAAUUCUUUGCAGAAAUCCAGACAAAGCUAAAAAUGUGUCUCAGUUUCAGAUCUCAUUCAUGUCUGAUUAAUCAUUUGGGAAACAGGAAGCCUGUAGGAUUAGUCCGAUUUGAUACACUGCAAUUUUGGGAGGUAAAUGCAACAGCAGCAUAAAACUUCCCAGUGCUUCCCUAUAAAAUUGUCAACGUUUAAACGUAAACCUGGGGGUACAGACACUAACUUUGCAGAGAAGCUCUAGAAUUUUUUGUAAAACAUUUAUGUUAUGUAUUUAUUAUGUAACUUAAGGAAAUAUCUUCCGUUACUGUGAACACACACUAUCACACUACCUACAGUUCAAGAAUGGUUUGUACAUACUUUAUAGUGCCAUAGGUGUAUGAGGCACUCCACAGGCAAAUAUAAAGACCCUGUAAUUAAUGGGUUUUUAAUAAGUUACUAUUCUACUUUAAUAAGUUACUAAUUCUACUAUUCUACUACUGCCCAUUGAUUAUGGGCACAUUAUCAAAAAGUAACAAUCAGACAUGUUUUGUGAAGUUACUAGACAACAGUCUUCAUGCUUGUUAAAUAAAAUCAUGUUGACAACACUCAUAAACAGCCAAUAUUUUUGAGUUAAGAACUAAACAUACUUUUUGAAAAACUGCAGCAAACAGUUUAUUCUUUAAAACUUAAGAGAACUGGAUUUGGGGAGAAAAAGUGUGUGACAACUUUGAAUCUGGUCACUUGUAGGUGAGAAUAAAAAAUGUAGGUGAGGAAAAAUAGUAAGUGGAGGCCUGAAUUAAAGGCUAUAGACUAUCAUCAUGUUGAAGGAUAAUAUGAGUUCUGCACAUCGAUCCAGUCUAACUCCAUCCUUCUGGGAAUUCACAGUUUUGUAAGACGACCCAACAUUCCUUUCUAUUGUAUUUCAGUCAUUCCAUAGGAUGUGUUUUAUACGUAGUUAAUCUAGGUUCGCGGAGAUCCCUGGCAGCAUGCUAACAAAGUCAAGCCUGUAUUUAUCGGUGCUACUGUUUCAGUCUGUCUAGAGAAGGUGGAAUUACUCUGUGUUGAUUUAAAUGAGAUCUCCUUCACAAUCAUAUUGAAUAAACAUAUUUAUGGAAAAUACAGCAAAAGCUGCAGGAGAAUGUACGUAUUUGGAUUGCCGUUGCUAGUCACUAAGGAUUUGUGGGUAUUUUCACUCUUUGCACUCUCCUUUUAGUUAGUUCACCGGAAGGUGGACAAGAAGUUGGACUCUAUACUGUGCUUCUUGAAAACUCCAUGUUCCUUUUGAAAUCAGAUUGUUUAACCACAUGUUCUGGAAACCCAAGUAAUGCAAGUCUGGUUUCUGGUGGAUAAGUAAAUAGUAACACCUACAGCAUUCAUUUUGUAUCUUGGUAUCCUGAAAUGGGUAUACUGUUUAUCCACGGUUAGUUGUGUAGAAGAAUUUUUAAGAAUACGGAAUCUCAUCUUCAAAAGCAAGCCUCAGUGAGUUGGUAUAUUGUAAAUUGUAAAUUUUCAGUCCAUUGCAUUUUUUGGAAUUCGGACUUUUUGAUACAGGACUCAAAUAAUUCAUUUAAGUAGCCUGUAAUUAUGUAAGUCUUGCUUCAUUAUGAAUAUGCACACAAUUAGUAUUUAAAAGAUUGGACCUUGGAAAAAUAAUGCAUUUUCAAAUCUUAAGACAAAGCUGGCUAAAGAUUUAUUCAUCAUUAGUUUGUUCCUAAAAAUCUGUAUCAUCUUAUAUUUAGGCUAUCUGAAAUUAAAAGAUUAAGUAGAAUUCUAAGAGAGGAUUGGCACCAUCUAAAUGGAUAAUGUUCCUGCCAUUAAUCUCCUACACUUGAUACAAGUGUACGCUCAAUGUGACAGAGUUCAGGCGCAGGAGCGCACCAAAUCAAAACAAGAUGAAACUACCAUUGCCCAAAAGUACUGAUACUUCUUUUAAAUUAAGAAAUAAAGAGAUGUUGUAGAUUUGCAGUCUUC